AUGCGGAAGAACCUCAACCAAGAGCUGGUGUACUUGACGGAGCGACUUCGGGAAGAGACGUCCCUCAUUCUCCGAGAGCAACUCCCGUCAAGCAAAGAGUGGCAAGAAGUCAGAUUCUUUCCUGUGGCCACUCAAAUAGCCGCACGGUUAUCAGCAAAAAUUCUCCUUGGGGACCGUCUCUGUCGUGAUAAGGAGUGGAUAGCAGUCUCCAUCAACUUCACUGGUGUCAUUCUUCGCGCGGGCCGAGCUCUGCGCGCCUGGCCAGUCCUUCUCCGCCCUCUAGUGCAUCGCUUCGUGCCGACGCUGAAGUACCUCCGAAGUCAGAUCAAGCAGGCACGAAGGAUUAUGGGGCCGGAGCUUGCAGCGCGAAGACUUGCGAGGGAUGAGAAGGAGAGACCUAUGGAUUCACUAUCAUGGAUUGACGAUGUCCGGCGCGGGCGGGAGUUUGAUGUCGUUGCUGGACAGCUGUUUCUCACAUUCGCGGCGAUUCACACGACGUCUUCUGUGGUGACUGCCAUACUGUAUGAUUUGCUGGCGUACCCGGAGUACUUUACGCUGUUGAGAGAAGAGAUUGUCAAGGUGUUUACUGAGGAUGGGGGUUGGAGCAAGAAUAGCCUCUUCAAGUUGAAGUUGAUGGACAGCUGUAUGAAAGAGAGCCAGCGACUGCACAUAUUGGGUCCUCAUAUCAUGAACCGCAGAGUCGAAGAGGCCAUGACCCUCUCUGACGGGACCUACCUCCCAAAGGGCACCUUAAUCACCGUGGCCACACACAACACCCGCGAUCCAGCCCUCUGGGGACCCGAGCGAGAAAAGUUCGACGGCCACAGGUUUCUCCGCAUGCGAGAGGAGCCAGGCCAGGAGAACCGGUGGCAAUUCGUCUCGACGAGUCCAGAGUUCCUCGCCUUUGGCCAUGGAACGCACGCGUGCCCUGGGCGGUUUUUUGCCAGCAACGAGAUGAAGAUUGUGUUGACUCAUCUAAUCAUGAACUACGAUUGGAGGAUUGUGGAAGAGAAACCCCCGACAAGCAUGUUCGUCAGUCGCUUUGUGCCGGAUCCGAGGACGGUUAUCGGGUACAGGGCCAGGACCCCGGAGAUUGAGCUGUGA